AUGAAGUUUCAGGAUAAACAACCACCCAGAAAAAGAAAAAGAAACAUACACAUCGCAGAAGCCAUGGAAACCGACCCAGGUAACUCUUCGUCAUUAUAUGAAGUCCCAAUCAGUUACCAAGCAUCAAACGAAAUCCCAGGAUACAAUAGACGUGGCCAGUCACAUAAGAACCUCCCACCACAAAAUCAAAAUAAACGUCAUCAUAAUGACAAAAUCGCAUGCGGAAAACAUAAUGAGAGUGCUCUGUCAAACAAGACAGGAUACAACUACAUCGACGAGUCAAAUCUCCAUGAUGUAGAAUUAGCAACAUCAUUCGAAUACGAAAAAGGGAUAAAGUCUUUAUAUGACAGCAGUGUUGGUAUAUCGACAGGAAGUUUGUUACCAGAAACAGGACAAGCCCCGAAGUUUUCUCAGCUCUAUAUUUUCGACACCGAUAAUGAAGUAUCCCACAGAUUCUCCGCAUACAGCUUGGGAAAGAAAGGCUCAAUAACUGACCCACAUUCAAUACCGUUUUGGGACGUAAUCAACUCAAGGAAAUGGCGGACAAGGCUUUCUAUGAGAGCUUUCUUUGCAUAUAGGAUACAACAGCGCCAAAAUGAAGUUUCUUUGAUUUUAAUGGCCAGAAAGUUGUUCCAGCAAUUCAUGGUUGACACCUAUACCAUGGUUGAAAACGACCGGUUGUACUACAUAAAAUGCAAUCAAAAGGUGCUACGAGUUACUACUGAGGAAAAUCUGUCUAAAGCGGCUCAAUCAGGGGAAAAAGACGCGUCGAAAAUGGGGACCCGGAUAAUAUUGCCUUCUUCUUUCACAGGAGGCGCAAGGUACAUGCAACAAAAUUACAUGGACGCUAUGACACUUUGCAAGACUCUUGGAUAUCCAGAUUUAUUCAUAACAUUUACAUGCAACCCAAAAUGGCCCGAAAUUUGUAGAUUCUUAGAAAUACACGGUCUUAAAUCGGAAGACAGACCGGACAUACUCACAAGAAUGUUCAAGCUCAAGCUUGAUCACUUGAUCAAGAACCUCAAGGAUGACCACGUACUCGGGAAAGUGAAAGGAGUUGUGUACACCGUGGAAUUCCAAAAACGUGGUCUGCCUCAUGCCCAUAUAUGUCUAUUCUUCGAAGAAUGCGACAAAUUAAGAACCCUAGAAGACAUCGAUCGUGUUAUAUCGACUGAAAUUCCAGAUAAAGAAGUGGACAGUGAGUUGCAUCAUCUUGUGUGUGAAUUUAUGAUGCACGGGCCAUGCGGUAAGGACAACCCAAGCUGCGCCUGUAUGAAAGACAAAAAGUGCUCAAAAAACUUUCCAAGGGCAUAUACAGAAACAACCCGCAUAGACAUCAAAGGAUAUCCCGUGUAUAGGAGAAGAAAGACCGGCGUGACAUAUGAAAAAAGCAGGUAUGUCGUAGGUUACAAUCCGAUACUUAUCAAGCAAUAUAGAGGACACAUGAAUGUCGAAUGGUGUAACCAACUCGGAGCUAUCAAGUAUCUGUUUAAAUAUAUCAACAAGGGUCCAGACAGAAUAACAGUCGGCUUUCCAAAGAAAACCCAAAAUGCCAACAAGGAAAACCAACCAACAGAUGAAGACGAGGUCGCAGGUUACUAUGAUUGUCGUUACAUAUCUGCAUGUGAAGCAGCCUGGAGAUUAUUUGGUUUUGAAAUACACUAUCAGACACCGCCUGUUCAGAGAUUAUCCUUCCACAUUAAAGACCGUAAACCAAUACUCUUUGAUCAGCAUGACACGGUUGCUGAUGUGGUUACAAAGCAUACGGUGAAAGAGUCGCAAUUUCUAAAAUGGAUGGAACGAAACAAGACGGACAAAGACGCGAGAUCUAUGACAUAUCCGGAAUUCCCCACCAAAUAUACUUGGAACAUAAAAGACAGAGAAUGGACAAAAAGGACAAACCCAUCAAAAUCAGCAAUUGGGAGGAUCAACUAUGUAUCUCCAAAACAUGGGGAAACAUACUAUCUCAGAAUUUUUCUCAACAAAAUUAAGGGACCUACAUGUUAUGAUGACCUGAAAACUGUACAUGGAAAAAAGUACAAAACGUACAAAGAAACUUGCUAUGCACUGGGUCUUUUGGAUGGUGAUGAGGAGUACAUACAAUCAAUUAAAGAAACCGGUUCUUGGGCUACAGGUUCUUUUUGUCGAUCCUUAUUUGUCAUGCUCAUUACAUCAGACAGUUUGUUUAGGCCUGAAUAUGUUUGGGAACAAACAUACAACAACCUAACUGAUGAUAUACUUCACACACGUAGAAAAGAGCUUAACGAGCCAGAUUUGGAAUUGGACCCAGAAGCUAUUAAACACAUAGCAUUGGCAAAAAUCGAGAAGAUGCUACUCGCAAGUGGGAUGAGCUUAAAAGACAUACCCAACAUGCCCUGCCCAGAUUUCAGAUACAUCGAGGUGGCAUGCAACAUGCUCAUUCAAGAUGAACUCGGUUAUGACAAGGAGAAACUGGAAAUGGAACAUCAAGGAUUACAUGCAAGCCUCACAGCGGAACAAUUAAAGGUAUACGACACCGUCAUGGAUGUGGUUGCCCAAGACGACGGGGGCGUUUUCUUCCUAUAUGGAUACGGAGGCACGGGAAAAACAUUUGUUUGGAAGACAUUAUCAUCGGUUAUCCGACGCAAAGGAAGCAUAGUCUUAAAUGUCGCGUCAAGUGGGAUAGCUGCAUUGCUGCUAACAGGAGGAAGAACGACCCAUUCGAGAUUUGCAAUCCCACUUAACCCAACCGAAGACUCCUUCUGCAAUAUCAGCGCAGACAGCCCUCUGGCAGACUUAAUACGAGAGGCUAGAUUGAUCAUUUGGGACGAGGCACCCAUGAUGCAUAAGCAUUGUUUCGAGGCCUUAGAUCGAACAAUGAGAGAUAUAAUCCAGGGACCAAAUUCACACAAACCUUUCGGGGGUAAAGUCAUAGUUUUCGGGGGAGACUUCCGACAGAUCCUUCCGGUCAUUCCAGGGGGAAAUAGAGAGGAAAUUGUCAAUGCUUCGCUUAACCAUUCAUCUUUAUGGGAUCAUUGCAAGUGGAUAUUGACAGUCGGUGAAGGGACGGCAGGAGGCAACAAUGACGGGUCUACAGAAAUUGAGCUCCCGGAAGAGGUGCUGAUUAAAUCCGAAAAAAAUCAUGUCAAAUCUAUUGUGUCAGCAAUUUUUCCUUCGAUUGCAGAACACCAUAAUGACAAGGGAUAUUUUGAAGACAAGGCAAUUUUGGUACCGACAAAUGAAGAGGUCGAUACGAUCAACGAAUACGUACUAUCGAAGAUAAAUGGCGACGAGCGUAUUUACUUCAGCUCAAACAGUGUUUGUCAGUCAGAGUUCAUUGACGAGUUCCAACAAUCUUUGUACGCACCGGAAAUACUGAAUGGGUUCAAAAUAUCAGGGAUACCCAAUCACAAAUUGGUACUAAAGGAAGGUGUGCCUGUGAUGUUACUUCGCAAUAUAGACCAGUCUAACGGGUUAUGCAAUGGGACGAGAUUGAGGGUAACAAGAUUAGGAAAGAAUGUGAUUGAAGCGGAAGUGAUAUCCGGCAACAACAUUGGAUACAAAACUUACAUCCCCAGAAUGAAGCUAAUACCGUCAGAUAAAAGAAUACCGUUCAGGUUUAAUAGAAGACAAUUCCCGUUGGUCGUUUCUUUCGCAAUGACAAUCAACAAAAUUCAAGGCCAAUCUUUAUCGACCGUUGGUCUGUAUCUACAACGUCCAGUUUUCACACACGGACAGUUGUAUGUUGCAAUCUCUCGGGUUAAGUCGAAAAAGGGACUCAAGGUGCUGAUAUGCGACAAAGAUGGGAAGACAACAAACACUACAACGAAUGUCGUCUACAAAGAAGUGUUGCAAAAGAUGAAGGAAGAUAUGUGA